CGGUCCCACGUAAGUUGGGCCCGGCUGUCAGAGUAGAUGUUGUCCCAUGACACGGGUAGGUCGACGACUAGGUUGGGGACGUCUGCCCAUGCCAGGCUGGCUAUUUCAGCCAGCCAGCAGGAAGAAGAGAGGGGGAAAGAAAGAAGGACAGAAAGAAAGAAAAAGAGAGAGAGAGAGAGAGAAAUGGCGCAGCCGGCAGGAUGGAAGGCGAUGUACCAGCAAGUGGUGAUCGAGGCGGACGGCAGCUGCGCCGACGUCGAGCACAGAGUCGCCGCCGCGCGUACGGCGCUGGAGUCCCCGGAGGCGGUGCUGACCAGCCGCGACCCCACGGGGGUCUACACCUUGCUGAAGUCCGCGCUGGACGACGUCGAGCAAGCAUCCGACUCCCUCUCCGCCUUCAUCAUCCACGCGGUGGCGGCCGAGCGCCUGGCGCUCCACGGCUGCGGCGUCAUCCCGUCGCAGCCGGUGGCCCGCAUCGCCGACCUCCGCGACGACCACCACGACCGCCACGACGAGCGGCUCGCUCUGAACAGGCUCGAGGACGCCAGGGACUUCGCCAAGCGCGCGCUCCGCGGGGUGGAUGGAGCCCUCAAGCUCCUGGGCUCCGUCCAGUACAUGCUUCGCGACCUCGGCGCCGGCGCGGCAGGGCGCAGGCAGGCGAUGAAAGAGCAGCUCCAGGCCGCCGCCCGCGAGCUCCAGCUCGUGGCGGUCAGCGUGUGCAACACGCGCUCGCUGGCCCGCAUGGCCACCGAGCCUCCCAUCGGCAACCGCGUCCAGUGAGACGUCAGAGGUCUCUUGUCUUGAUUCUUGAUUAAUUAGCUCUGCGCGAUUUCUGCUUUAAUCUUGUUGGCUUAGGGCUACUUUGUUUCCCUUGGAUGAUCUUGAUAUCGGUCCGUCGAUUUCCAACUACUUUUUUCGGUUCUGUUGUUGAAUGUAUGCAAGGAUCGAUCGGGGAUUUAAUUAGAUGGAUGGCUGAUUAUGCAGCUAGCAGCGAUUCGAACUAGUACUUUAAUUUGCUGUUCGUCGAUAUGGAAUCCAGAGUUUAUUUGUUGGUGAUUUGGUUUGGUUAA